GGGCUGAUGCAAUACUUCAAGAAGACGGAACGUGUCGUCAGCUACACCAGCUAUUAAAGACAAAAUCCCCUUUUUUCUAUAACUAACCAAGGCGACAAGAAAAAAAGGGACACUCGUAUCAUCGAGUUUUAUAAAGAUCCCCCGGCUUUUUAUCUGGUGACUGUGAAAAUGCCUUUUAUCAGAACAUUCAGCAAGGUGGCUAAGCAGGCCCUCCUGAGCCCAGGAUGUGGCUGUCGGCCAAUCACAGUGGCCGUACGGACCAUCAGCUUCUCACCCCGCCAGGUCACCUCAGACGCCAGUUUCCACUCCGUGUCCUUCUCCGAGACGGACCACCCCAAGGUGCUCAUCACAGGCGGCCUUGGACAGUUGGGGGUAGGGCUGGCCACGAUGUUGAGGAAGCGGUUCGGAAACAACAACGUGAUCCUGUCGGAUAUCAGGAAGCCUCCAAGUCACGUCUUUCACAGCGGACCCUUCAUCUACUCUGACAUCCUGGACUAUAAAAACCUUCGUGAGAUCGUUGUCAACAACCGCAUCACCUGGUUGGUCCAUUACAGCGCCCUGCUCAGUGCCGUGGGAGAGGCCAAUGUAGCUCUGGCACGCGACGUCAACAUCACUGGGCUCCACAACAUCCUGGACAUUGCAGCGGAGCACGGCCUGCGUCUGUUUGUGCCCAGCACCAUCGGAGCUUUCGGGCCCACCUCUCCCCGGAACCCGACCCCUGACCUCUGUGUCCAGAGACCCAGAACCAUCUACGGGGUCUCCAAAGUCCACGCAGAGCUCAUGGGAGAGUACUACCACCACCGCUAUGGCCUUGACUUCCGCUGUCUGCGCUACCCAGGAAUCAUCUCUGCUGACUCACAGCCUGGAGGAGGAACGACAGACUACGCGGUAGCCAUCUUUCACGAUGCUGUAAAGACGGGGAAGUUUGAGUGCAACUUGAAGCCAGACACGAGGCUCCCCAUGAUGUACAUCGACGACUGUCUCCGUGCCACCGUGGAGAUGAUGGAAGCGCCCGCAGACACCCUGUCCAUGAGGACCUAUAACAUCAACGCCAUGAGCUUUUCCCCUGAAGAGCUGGCUCAGGAGGUCCAGAAACAGCUGCCGGACCUGGAGGUCAGCUACGACAUCGACCAAGUCAGACAGGCCAUCGCCGACAGCUGGCCAAUGAACUUUGACGAUUCUAACGCACGGAACGACUGGGGCUGGAAACACGACUACGACCUCCCGGAGCUCGUCCAGACCAUGCUCAACUACAUCGGCUCAGACUCGCGCAUCGCAAAGGCCAACUGAGGGGGCCAGCGGUGCUGCUGGGUGACGUGCUGCUCGGUGACAUGAUGCUGGGUGGGGUGCUGCUGGGUGCUGGGCUGGAGCAGUGUUGUUUCUUUGUACAUACUGUAAAGACUGUUGUUUUAUAGGAGGGAGACACGUGGUCUGUAAAUAGUCGUUUUCUCUGUCAUUUGGAAGGGCUCUCAAUCUGUCUGUCUCGGUGUCUGUCUGUGUCUCGGUGUCUGUCUGUGUCUCGGUGUCUGUCUGUGUCUCGGUGUCUGUCUGUCUCGGUGUCUGUCUCGGUAUCUGUCUGUCUGUCUCGGUAUCUGUCUGUCUGUCUCGGUGUCUGUCUGUCUCGGUAUCUGUCUGUCUGAACAAGUUACUAGAAUGUGGUCUUGUGAGAAGUAGUGGGCUGAUUCCCCUCCCUCCUUCAUCCCCCUCUCAGGAAGGAGGAGGGGUUGGAACACAGGGUCUGAGAACAUGUUGAGAUAAAACAUCAGAGGGGUGGACUCCAUGGGGUGGACUCCAUGUGGUGGACUCCA